UGAGUUGAGGCUGUAUAGAAGGAUGCUGCUUGGGUAGUUCUCUGCUCCAAUCUGGGCUAGGCUCCAGCAGGCCCCAGAGAUGGCUGUCUCCCUGGGAGCGAUCCCAAGCGAGGUGCAAGAAAGCAUCACAGCCUUCCUGGGGACAAAGGAAAGUGUCCUGGUCAAGAGUGUACAGCUGCAGAUCAAAUCCAAGUAUGAAGACUACACUUUGGUCCUGACCCCCUGGAGGGCAUAUGUGCUGCAAGUAAUACUCCCAAUCAGGGUGCAGAGCAGCUUCAGCUUCCUGGAGGUGCGAGAGAUUGUAGUCUGUGAGCCUAGCCUGGUUGUCAUAGAAACCGAUACGUCUUCUUAUGCCUUUAGGCUGAUGUCAUUUGAUGAUUUGGAGCAGAUUGUCAUCCACGUCACCAUGGCGCUUAAAAAGGUCUUUCCAGAUUCUUCACCUGGGAAACUGCUCAAGAACUCUCCCCCCAAUUUGUACCAGAGAAUCCGAAAGAAAAUAGACUCCCUGGAGGAAAUGCUGCAGAACAACCAAGGGCCUUGUGGUGGGUUUUCGGAGACGUAUGCUGCUUUAUGUGAUUACAACGGCUUUGCCUUCAGGGAGGAGAUCCAGUGGGAUGUGGACAAUAUUUACAACAGCCAAGACUGCCGAGAGUUUAACCUGUUGGACUUUAGCCACCUUGAGAGCAGGCUCAGUUAA